AUGCUGAUUGGAAUCCGAGGGAGAGGAUUUGCUUGGCCAUAUACUGUUUGCCGAAGUUUUGCAACUGUUUCAAAAGACCAUAAUCCCAAAAUCAAUACAAAUGCUUGUGGAAUUCAACAACUUUCGGAUGAGUUACAUAAACAGAUUUUCCCAGUGAAAUCUUUACCUGGGCCGUUACCGAGACUCACCAAACUCUCAUUGAAAUACCUUGAAGAUAAUGAGCUAUUAGGAAAACCAUGUUCGGUGAAUCCUCCCAUAAAUAUCAAUUUACCAACACUGCAAGGUACAAACAUCAGUCAACAUUUUGAAAAUUUAGGUUUGAAGAGUAUUAGCAGUUAUGAAGAUCAUGCUGAGAAUCUUAUAAAGAUCGGGUUGACUCCUUUAGAAAAGCCAAAACGAUGGGUUUUCGAAUCCGGAUGGACCAGAUAUGCACCUUUUUCUGAGCCCCAAAAUGUUCCUUAUCCAUUAGAAAAUGAGUUGGUAUACGAUUGUGAAGUGAUGUACAAAUGCUCUCCAUAUCCUGUUAUGGCAACAUGCCUGUCUCCAAAAGCAUGGUAUUCAUGGUGCUCGCCGUAUUUGACAGGAGAUAGUGCUACAAAUAACCAUUUAAUUCCAUUUGCGACAGAUAAAAGAGAAUGUACUAUUGUGGGCCAUAAUGUUUCUUUUGAUCGUGCACGUAUCCUUGAAGAAUACAAUAUGAGCACUACCAAAGCAUUUUUUCUUGACACAAUGUCGUUACAUGUUGCUGUAAGUGGCAUGUGCACCAGACAAAGGAAUACGUGGAUGAAAUAUAAGAAAAACCUAAAAGAGAAAAAAGACUCUUCAGUGAAAACAUUAGAUGAGUAUCGAGAGAUGAUCCGAAACGAAGAUUUGAGAUUAACAAUGGCCAACAUGAUUCUUGACGAUGAAUCAGUAGAGGGAGAUACAGGGACAACAUCAGCGCUUCGUGAUGAUCCUUGGAUGAAAAAUAGCAGUUUAAACAAACUCAGCGACGUAGCUGAACUUCAUUGUGGGAUUAAAAUGGAUAAGCAAUUGCGAGAUCACUUUGCAACAACUAGUGUUGCAGAAAUACGUGAGCAAUUUCAGAAACUAAUGACUUACUGUGCCAACGAUGUUGUAGCUACAUAUCAUGUAUUCUACAAAGUUUACCCUAAAUUUAAGGAAGUUGUUCCCCAUCCGGUUAGUUUUGCUGCUCUGAGGCACAUUACCUCCUCUAUUUUACCCACCUCCACAGACUGGGAAGAUUAUAUUCGAAGGUGUGAGGAAAUGUACCAGAAGUCUAAAACCGAAGUGGAGGAAAAAGUUCAUCAGAUCUGUAACGAAGUUGUUUCUUUGAGGAAAAAUGCACAGGAUGAAAUUCCACCAUGGGAAGAAGACCCAUGGUUAUCGCAACUAGAUUGGGAAAUCAAGCCUGUAAGGCUAACAAAGUCAGGAGUGCCUUAUAAAAACCAAAAGCUGCCUGGUUAUCCGGAGUGGUAUAAAAAACUGGUUGCUAAGGAUAAGCUAAACCUGACAAUCAAAUCUAGAACUAGUAUUUUACUUCUGAGACUUUUGUGGGAAGGAAAGCCAAUCUUUUGGACCGAAACUAAAGGUUGGUGUUUUGUUGUUGAUCAAAAAGAGAGUGCCAAGUUUCAGAACUCCAAAUACCUGGAGGUGAAUCCACUUGACAUUUUAAUGCAAAUACAUGCCAACACCCCCAAAAGAAAAGUGUCUCCCAAAAAAAAGUCGGUUUCAAGAGAAAGCUCCUCCACAAAGUCUAAGGAGUCUUCAAGGACAAAAAAAACAAGUAAAAGCAUAGACAAGCCAACACAACACAUGUCAACCGAGGAUGCUAAUUUAGAUUUGCUUGCUGUAGAUUUACCUCCUAGAUACGCAGAAUCCGACCACAUUGUACGUGAGAAUCUUAAAAAGCUGAUAGCAAAUGGAAAAACUUUGUUUAAAAUACCACAUGAAAAUGGACAAGACGCCAGAGUUACCUCCCUCAUAUCAAAGCCAUUUUUAAGGUAUUAUGAGGAGGGUAUCUUAUCCUCUGAAAAUAGUCUAGCUAGGGAGGCUUUCCAAACCAACGUUACCAACAGCUAUUGGAUAUCUUCUAGAGAGCGUAUAAUGAAUCAAUAUGUUGUCUAUGAAUCAGAUUUGAACAAAGCUAAACCUUUUCGGCAAAAAGGGGAGAAAGAAGUUGGGUUUAUAAUUCCCCAGAUAGUUCCUAUGGGAACCAUCACUCGUCGUGCAGUUGAGAAAACAUGGCUUACAGCUUCGAAUGCUAAAAAGAAUAGAUUGGGAUCUGAGUUGAAGUCUCUAAUACAAGCGCCCCCUGGUUAUUGUUUUGUUGGCGCCGAUGUUGAUAGCGAAGAGUUAUGGAUUGCAUCUUUAGUAGGUGAUUCCGUGUUCCGACUACAUGGUGGUACUGCCUUGGGCUGGAUGACUCUUGAAGGUACGAAAAACUCAGGUACUGAUUUACAUUCUAAAACUGCCAACAUAUUAGGGAUUUCUCGUAAUGAAGCUAAGGUUUUCAACUAUGGUAGGAUUUAUGGCGCUGGUGUAAAAUUUGCAACAUCUUUACUCAAAAAGUUCAAUCCAGCAAUCAGUGAAAUAGAUGCUGAUAAAGUGGCUAAAACUUUAUAUGCCGAAACCAAGGGUAAAACUAGUGUUGUCAAGUUUCCAGAGUCUGGUGAAAAGAUUAAAGUAUGGUAUGGUGGAUCCGAAAGUGUGGUUUUCAAUAGGCUAGAAAGUAUUGCCGAACAAGAUAAUCCAAAGACACCUGUUCUUGGAGCAGGCAUAACUGCGGCAUUAAAUAGAACAAACUUGAAUUCAAACUCGUUUUUACCGUCUCGUAUAAAUUGGGCCAUUCAAUCUUCCGGAGUUGAUUAUUUGCAUCUUCUGUUAGUAUCAAUGGAAUACUUGACGAAACUGUAUAAUGUCGAUGCACGACUAUCAAUUACAGUACAUGACGAGGUAAGGUACCUUUCUAAGAUAGAGGAUAGGUAUAAAUGUGCUAUGCUUCUUCAAAUUGCAAACUUAUGGACGAGAGCUAUGUUUUGUUUUCAACUAGGAAUUGAAAAUGUACCGCAGAGUUGUGCAUUUUUUUCAUGUGUUGAUAUCGACCAUGUCUUAAGAAAAGAAGUAGACUUUGAUUGUAUUACUCCAUCGAACCCUAGCCCGAUUUCUCAUGGUGAGAGUCUGGAUAUCUACUCUUUGUUAAAGAAAAAAGAAGUCCAGGACAUGCUAAAUAGUUUGAACGAUAAGCCCAAUUGUGAAAAUCUGCUUGAGAACAAGCAGAAGACCAGUAGGCCAGUUGAAAAACUUGAUAUCAAAUUUGACACUUCAACUAAGCUCAAAUGGAUUGAGCUACAAAUAUCUAAAACAGAGAAAGAAUUCAAAGAGAAAAAAAAAGCUUUUUUCCAAGCUGCUGAUACUUUAGUUCUUGAAAACUUCGCAAAGAAACUCAAGAAUAUUGAUAACUCAAAUGAUGAAGUCGUACUGAACGGUCUUUUUGUGCCAAAUUGCACAGCGGGUGAACUUCUGGAUUCUGGUAAAAUAAUAGAAGAGAAUUGGGACGCCUUAAUAAAUGAAAGAAAGGCUGAUAAAAAAUUUAAAGGAUCAAAGAACAACAAAGUGUGCAAGGAUGAAGAUCACUCAACUACGGAUUUGCUGAUUGAACGGAUUGCAACAGAUAUUCUAGAUAAGAUGGAAAGGAAACCGAAAAGUAAAUGCAAGGCAUACGGCAAAGCAAGACCAUCAAAGAAAACUUGUUUGGUUGAAAGUGAUAAUAAGAGUCUGACGUUAAGUUCUAAUAGAAAGAGAGGGAGGGAGGGAGAAUACGUAACUUUCUCCCACACACACCUUACAGAGAACGAACUAAGAGAAAUAAUGUUUUAA